AUGCACCGUCAUUCGCAGGCGGUCCUGGCACCCCGCGCUGCCAACAACUUGAGUGAGUUCCGCGCACGUUACCCGAUGGACGACCGUGCCUUUGGUGUCCUGGAGCGCACCUCCUCCGGAGUGCAGUCCACCGUCCUGGCGGACUUCCGGCCUCGCCGCGAGGGGGAGGACGACUACUCAGCCCUGGUCAUGGGCUUCAUCCGUUCCAUUGAAGCACGGACUGGCACCGGCCUUCCACGAGACCGUGGCAGCCGUGGCUAUCGGAGAGAAGAUGAUGCCUCUUGCAGCUGCAGCGAAAGCGGCUGA